ACACACUUAAGUUUUGAGUAUGCGCAUUAGUUUUAACGUUGAGCAACCGGUGCGAUGUAAAGUGAAAACAAUGCUGUGUUAAUGCUUUACUGUGACCAAAAAAAUUGAGGUUAUGUGAGCCAGCGAAACGACCGUGAGUCGUUUUUCCCCCCAGUGUCCCUGAACGCACCGCCGCAACGACGACUCUGAGCUCGGCGCGAUGACAGACCAGCGCCUCGACCAAUCAGAGGCCGCCCGCUCCGCCUCGCGGAAAGCGUCGCCUCUCGACCAAUGGCGACCUCGGGAUUGACGCACGUGUCCGUUUCGCGGCAAAAAAGAUUUCGCGCGAAAAGCGCUCCUACCCUUGUUUAGAUGUAGAUCAGCUGGGAGGGGGGACAAUAACAACAAUAACAGCCGAUAACUGGGGUCGGGUUUUGUUUUUUAUGAACGGACUGCGUGCGGCGGGAACGACCGGAGGAGCAGCCGCCGCGGGUUUAAAGGAUGCGCGUGUGUUUCUGCUGCUUUAUUUCGUUACAGCUCCAGUUUUUUUGCUUCCUGCGUGCCCCAACAAAAAAAAAAAACGAGGGGGUUGAAGAAUUGCGGCUAAUAACUCCAGCUAGCAUGCUAACCUGCCCUUUAUCCUCACACACAGCUUCGUGCAGUCUCAACUAGCCGCAGCUUGGUCGCACGUACUCCUUAAAAAAAAAGAAAAUGCGUUUGAGUUGCUGUGAUGUCUUUCUGCAUUGUGGAUGUUUCAUGUCGGUAGCUCACUCCUGGAAUGCUGCUGUAAAGUUUUAACAGCCGCUGAAGUGAGCCCCGUCUUUGGCGUAAGGCUUGGUAACAGUGUUUUAUCCUCCUGGACGGGCAGUUCGUCGGCUUGUUUGUUUCACUUGUGCCGGUCUUUGUUGUUAAGACACAGGCUAGCUCGUUAGCUGUGAUCAGGGGCAGUGUGUCCAGGCCUCAGGCUGUACUGACAGGACAAGAUGACAACAAAAGAUUAGCCUGCUCCCUCGCUAGCCUGCUAACCUCCCAGCGCUUAUUAUAUUAUAAUAUUAUUAUUAUUGUUAUUACACACAGCCACGGCUGAUCUGAUCACACAUGAGCGGCUGAGCCUCAGGUCGCACAGUUUGCUUAUAUUGCAAUAUUAUAUUAUUUCCCACCUUUCCAGACAUCCUGUCUGCUUGUUUUUAAGUGUUUUAAGCAGAUAGCUUCUUAUCAUUUAUGUGUAAUGUUUAUAGUUAGUGCUGCUGAUGUUUUAACAUUUAAGGUGUGUUAACAGAGGAACAGGAACUUUUUUAUUUUCUCUUUAGAGAAAUGUUCAAGCUGUCAGUAAACACCUGCAGGCCGACUCUGAAGAGAUUUCACCUUUGUUCCUUAAUUUCACCGAGCACAGCAAAUCCAAGUGGCUGCUGAUACCGCCGAACUGCAAGCACGUUAGUUUGUGAAAGCCCAGUGAAGGGACGGCUGCUCGGUGACACACUGCAAUGUCAGAGACUCUGAUAACAGGGCAGACAUCGGAGGACCUGUUGGCUGACUUUGAGACUCUGCUGAACUCUGGGAGCAUUGACCUGGGCGAGGACCACCAGAUAGUCAUCAUCACCAGCCCCAGCAAUGAGGGACUCCACCCAGCAGCGGCACCCACCAGCACGGGGGAAAUCCUGCUCUUUGCCACGCCGCAGGGCCCCGCAGACGUGGGGAUCCAGGACAAGAGACGGCCGGCUCUCGGAAGACCACCGGUGAAGAGGAAGCUGGACCUGGAUAGCGACCAUCAGUAUGUCAGCACCACUCGACCGUCCAUAGGCCAAGCACCACCCUCCACACCUGCCCCUCCCAGAGUUCCUCGGACCACGACGGAGAAGUCACGCUAUGACACCUCUUUGAACCUGACCACCAAGCGCUUUCUCAACCUCUUGUCCCAGUCGGCCGACGGCGUGGUGGAUCUGAACUGGGCCUCGCAGGUCCUGGAUGUCCAGAAGAGACGCAUCUACGACAUAACCAACGUCCUGGAGGGAAUCCAGCUCAUCUCCAAGAAGUCCAAGAACAACAUCCAAUGGCUUGGCAAUCGAGUUGACACAGCACUGGUUUCCCGCCAUAAAGAGUUGCAGAGGGAGGUGUGUGAUCUCACAGAGGCCGAGGAGCAGCUGGACGAACUCAUUUCCAAAUGCAACCUGCAGCUCCGGCUGCUCACAGAGGACCCACAGAACAAGAAGCUGGGCUAUGUGCGCUGCCAGGACUUAAGGAAGUCAUUUGAUUCCCCAGACCAGCUGGUAAUGGUAAUCAGAGCUCCACCAGAGACCCAGAUGCAAGUUUCCGAACCCAGCAAGGGUUACCAGGUGUCGCUGAAGAGCACGCGGGGUCCAAUCGACGUCUUCCUCUGUCCAGACGACAGCUCCAGCGUCUGCAGCCCCGUGACGGGAAGCAGUCCCUCGAAAAUCAACGCUGACCCUCCCAUGGUCCCGCCUCCCGCACAGACCGCAGAGCAAUCGCAAGCCAGAACGUCCACAGCCGCCCUGGAAGUGGGCUUAUCAUCACCAGCGUCCACGUCAUCCACAGUGACAGCAGCAUCCCAGCAGGACCCCUCAUCGCUGGUGUUAGGUGGUGACACAGAAUCGCUCCUGGGAGGCGACCCAUUCGCCAGCCUCGGAGACAUGCCCGACUUCGACCUCUCACCCCUCUCCUCCUCGGACUUCCUGAACGGAGAGGGCCUCUCUCUCCCGUUGGACGGCUUCAUCAACCUGUCCCCCCCUCACAGUCACGACUACCACUUUGGACUGGAGGACCACGAAGGCAUCAGCGAACUGUUCGAUUGUGACUUUGGUGACCUAUCACAAGUUUUGGGGGACAGUUAGACGGAAAAGGAGAGGAGGAGGAGGAUGUAGGCAUCUAGAUCCCCGGGGUUUCUGAUGGAGGGCUGGGAGUCGACGUUUUAUGGACAAGUCUUUGUCUUAAUCCCAGGCAUAAUGUUGUGGGGUGUGGGAAAAUGUUCUUUGUUGUAAUUGGUUGUGAUUCCGGAAAUACUACCCCAACCACAAAAUCUGAAAAGUUCCCCAAAUUGUACAGCACACAAUUAGCACUUCUUUGGCCAUUGAAACAUUUUAGACCAAGACUUUAGCUUUAGUAUAGCUAUUUAAAUUAUUUAUAUGAAUGUUAUUUUGAUAUUUUGUACCAAGUGAGGUUUUUGUUGUUGUUGAUAAUGUUUUAUCUAAACGGAUCGUGCAGGUGUUUGCGUGUGGAGUAUGGACUCACAGGGCUGGUUUCCUUAACACUGAUACAGCUCAUAAGGCUGCUUUCUUAGAUGGCUCGAGUCUGAAGUGUUUUUUUUUUUUUUUCCAAAAAAGGAAAAAGAAAGUUUUGCAUCCCGCAGCUGAAGCUGCAUUAUCAGAAAUGCAGAUUCAGCAGACGGGGCUGUCCAAAAGCAUCUUGGAGCUGUGGUGCAGUUUCACACCAAGUCAUUGUAAGUUAAAGGCUUCUCCCUCGAUAAUUAGAUUUGUCUAAAACACUGGUGAUGUUCAUGGUAUCACUGCAGGUUUCACAGCCUCCCGCAAGGUUUCUGACCAAGAGAUGGGUUGUGACAAAUGAGAGCCGAGAUGCUUUUGGGGAGCUCGACCCCUCCUCUUCAAUUAAAUGGUAACACAGGCUUACCAUGGCAUUUUAAAUAUUUUUUCCCCCUUCAAAAGACACUUCCUUUAGUCAUCUGGAGGAAAGCCAUUUAGUGAUUCUAAAGGACAAAUGUAGAAAUAAGCAAUUCAAAUCUGAAAGGUCAAGAUAUGUUUUGUUGGUGUGCUGGAAACCAGGUGAUUAUAGUUUAAAAAACUAAUACUGAAUAAGUUGUUCUCUAUUAGUUAGAUAGGCGUUUAGCCAUAGUCUCAGGUGUUCGGAGCAGAGCAAAGUCUUAAUGUUUUUGAUAAAAACAUGUAUGAGAGCGUAACCGCUUUAGAUGCAUUUCAUGGGUGUUGUGUAAGUCGAUAAUUGGUGUGGGUGUGUGUGUGUGUGUUCGUGUGGGUGUGUGUUUCUCUUUCAUCUUUCUUCAGCCAAGUGUUCCAAGUGAUAAAAGUUCACCAUAUGCCUGUGGAUGAAUGCUCCCCAAACUGUUCCCAGCAGGUCCCGAGCACUGACACACAGUGAAAGACGGAUCCUCGGAUCUCUCCUCUAAAAAAAAACAUCCAGUGUGGUUUGUCGGAUCGAUGUGGGUGAAUUAAAGCACAGCCGCGUCUUUGCUUUUUACCAGUUCAAUCAGUGCAAAGCAGCGACGACUUCGGGAGGAGCGAGGGGCUCUUGCUAGGACUUCAAAACAGGGGCACCCUGUUCUGUUAUAUGCACUUCAAAAUCAGUUUAAAGUUAAUGUUCAUGCCUUAAAUCAAUGACCUCCACCAUGUGAAGGGAGGCACACGGGAUCUCUUAUCUCAGCCCUUAUCGUAUCCAUUCCUUCUUGUUUGUCACGAGACGGGCUCCGUCUUCACGUGCUACUACGUGGUUUUUGUUCCACCACAUUGAUUUUUUUUCUUUUCUUUUCUUCAGUUGAAAUAAGCAGCAAUAACAAAGACGUUUUCACAUCAUGUACUCAGAGUAUGAAAAAUGAGCUGAAAAACUGUCCGGCUUUCUGUCUCUUGUUGUCGUUAGAAACGUUGUCAGCCUUUUUUCCUUGUGUUCUAAGUUAUGUAAGCUAACAUGUUUUUAUUUUUGCA